GAUGCUUUAUGAGUUUCAAAGAAUUGGAAGUACUUGGUGCAAGCCACAACCAUAAAAAUAUAAAUCAAGGAGGUUUAUGCUUUCAUUGGUUAUUACUUAGCCACCACAUACACCUAAAUUAAGAUCGAAAUGGCGGUGAAGAAAAAUAGUCAUCCAUUUAUGAUAUUGAUUGUUACAUGUUGGUGUCUAAGUCUCUUGUUGGGUGGAAUGGCACAUAUUAGAAACGAGAGUACUGUAGUGAAAGUUGGAGCUGUACUUGAUAUUAGCAAUGGAACUGUUGGGAAGAUAGGAUUGAGCUGCAUCAACAUGGCACUCUCAGAUUUCUAUCAUUCUCAUUCUCACUACAAAACUAGAAUUCAAAUCAUCAUCAGGGACUCUCAUAGGGACAUCGUCACUGCAGCUGAACAAGUUCGUGAUCUCAUAACAAAUGAGAAAGUGCAAGCCAUCAUUGGACCAACAACAACAAUGGAAGCAAAUUAUGUGAUUCAACUUGGAGAGAAAGAACAAGUUCCCAUUGUAACAUUUUCUGCAACAAGUCCUUCACUUGCAUCACUUCAAAGUCCAUAUUUUUUCCAAAUAUCACAAACCGAUUCAGCUCAAGUGAAUGCCAUCACCUCAAUUAUUCAAGCUUUUGGUUGGAAACAAGUAGUCCCCAUUUAUGUUGAAAAUAGUUUUGGUGAAGGACUCAUUCCCUAUUUAACCAAUGUUCUUCAACAAGAAAAUAUUCAAGUUCCUUAUCUUAGUGCAAUUUCUCUUUCAGCCACAGAUGAUAUUAUCACUCAAAAGCUUUAUAAAAUAAUGACUACGAUACCAACUAGAGUAUUUAUUGUGCACAUGUCACCAACUCUUGGAUCUAGACUUUUUACCUUAGCGAAAAAAAUUGGGAUGAUGGGUGAAGGCUAUGUUUGGAUAGUAACUGAUGGUAUGACUAACUUAUUCAAUUCAUUGAAUUUUUCUGAGAGGGAAUCAAUGGAAGGAGUAAUUGGUGUUAGGACUUACAUUCCAAGAACAAAAAAGCUAGAUGAUUUUAGUAAAAAAUGGAAACGAAAAUUCAUAAGUGACAAUCCAACACUUGUUGACACAAAUUUGAACAUUUUUGGUAUAUGGGCUUAUGAUGCAGCAAUUGCAUUAGCAAUGGCUAUUGAGAGAGUUGGUUUUACAAAAAAUGGUGAGAAAUUGAGUGAAGCUUUGUUGAACAUUAGAUUUAAUGGUCUCAGUGGUGAUUUUAAUGUCGUUGAGGGGAAGUUACAAACAUCAAUAUAUGAGAUAAUUAAUAUGUUUGGUGAUGGUGAAAAGAGGGUUGGUUUUUGGACACUACAUAAUGGGUUGUCUAAGAGUUUAAACACAAAAGGCCUAAUAAGCAAUAAUAGCAUAUAUUCUAGUUCUCAAAAUGAUCUUGGAUCAAUCAUAUGGCCAGGGGAUAUGUCCUCUAUUCCAAAGGGAUGGGAAAUUCCAACUAUUAUUGGGAGGAAACUGAGGAUAGGAGUUCCUUUACAAAAAAAUCAUAACCACACUGACUUUGUGGAAGCAACAUUUGAUCAUAGUACCAAUUCAAUACAAGUCACAGGUUUUUCCAUUGAUGUCUUCAAAGCUGCGGUAGAAAUUUAUCCCUUACCAUAUUAUGAAUUUGUUCCAUUUACAAUGCCUGAUGGUCAGAACAAGAUAGGAACCUAUGAGGAGAUGAUCAUUCAACUUUAUCAUGGGAAAUAUGAUGCGGUAGUGGGGGAUAUAACAAUCCUUGCAAACAGAUCCAACUAUGUUGAUUUCACAAUGCCAUACACAGAAUCUGGUGUAACAAUGGUUGUUUCAAUGAAAGACAACAGGAAGAAAAAUGCAUGGGCCUUUUUGAAGCCAUUGACAUGGCAACUUUGGGUAACAACAGCUUGUUCAUUUUUAUUCAUUGGAUUUGUUGUUUGGGUUCUUGAACAUAGAAUAAACAACGAUUUUAGAGGACCACCCUCUCAUCAAAUUGGCACAAGCUUAUGGUUUUCCUUCUCAACUAUGGUCUAUGCUCAUAGAGAGAAAGUGGUGAGCAACUUGGGUAGAUUUGUGGUGGUUGUAUGGGUUUUUGUUGUUCUAAUUGUGGUUCAAAGUUACACCGCAAGUUUAACUUCAUUCUUAACAGUUGAACAACUAACCCCAGCUAUUACAGAUGUUAACCAACUUCUAAAGAAUAAGAUGAAUGUUGGCUAUCCUAAACGUUCUUUUGUUUAUGGAAUCUUGAAGGGCUUAAGUUUUCCAGAUUAUCAGCUCAUUCCUUAUCAUUCAGCUGAAGAAUGCAAUGAGCUUUUCAUAAAAGGAACUGAAAAUGGUGGCAUUGAUGCUGCGUUUGAUGAAGUUCCCUAUGUUAAGGUCUUUCUUGCAACCUAUAGUUGUUUAAAGUAUGUCAUGGUUGAACCAAGAUUUAAGACAGGUGGUUUUGGCUACGCAUUUCCAAAAGGAUCACCUUAUGUAGCUGGCAUUUCAAGGGCAAUCCUAAACAUAACUCAAGGAGAAAAAAUGCGAAAACUUGAGAAUGCAUGGUUCAAAGAAGUUAGCUGUACUCAAGAUUCUUAUGCAAAUAUUUCCUUUAGCAACAGUCUUGGACUUGAAAGCUUUUGGGGUCUUUUUCUCAUUGCAGGAGUUGCUUCCCUACUAGCACUCCUAAUCUUUGUUGUCACGUUCUUACAUCAGCACAAACAUAUUUGGUUAAACAAUGAUCAAAGUGCUUCAAUAUGGCGAAUAAUUCGUGUUUUGGCAAGGAUAUUUGAUCAAAGAGACUUGAAUUGUCACAUAUUCAAAAAAAGUGGAAAUGAGAAUGGAAAUAUUAGUCCUCGCGAUGUUGACUCAGAAGCAGAUGAGGCCUCUCCAGGCAGAGACUGUGCACCUAGUCCAUCUAGUCAAGCUGAAUCAAAUGUUCCCAUCGAUGAUGAAGAUUUUUGUCAAAACACAGAAAUGGAUGCAGUGCAAAUUGCUAUACCAGAAGGUGCCUCUGAGGACAACUGUGAAAUUAACUCCCAAGAAACAUGACAUUAUCUAUACUUGUAACAUUAAGCCCCUACUUAUUGUAUUGAUACAAAUAAGUUUUAUCUGACAGUUACGAUAGCUCAUAAUGAUAUAUAUAACUGUGCAUGCACUUGCGAAUGAUGAA